AUGGGCGACGGCAGCGCAGCAGUAUCAGAGAGCAUCCAGCUCAUUGUGGCAGCCCUUCCCAAGAACGACGGCGAGGAGGCUGGAGUCGGUUCAUCCAAGGGCGCAUCCCAGGUGCUGCUGGGCGGGGGAGGAAGCAAAGCAAGGAAGGAAGCAGCAGCAGCAGCAGCAGCAGCAGCAGCAGCACUAGAGGCAAGGAAAGCAGAGGAGGUAGCUGCUGCUGCCGCCGCCGCUGGCAGAGAGGCCCUAGCCGCACAAGAGGGGGGAGAGGGCGCGGAGCAAGCAGGGGAAGGAGGGGCGGUAGGAGCAGGAGCUAGUGGCAAAGGAAAGGGAGGUGGGGAGAAGGGGAAGAGGAAGCGGGGAGAGGAACGGGAGGCCUAG